AUGGAACACAACAACAACCGCGAGGACAAGAAGUCCAAAGGCAAAAAGCCCAACCGCAGACCACGCGAUAAACGAAGCACCUGUCGCCACUUCCUCGAGGGCCGCUGCACCUACGGCAGAGAAAACUGCAACUUCCCCCACAGAGACGGGGAGCUGCGUCCCGAGAUGGUCGCGGCGGCGGCCCAGCAGGAGGAGGACGUCGCGCUGGCGGAGGCGAGAUACAACGCCAACGCCCACGCCCUCUACAGCAGCGUCACGUACAAUAGUGGGUUGUACGUCAAUGGCCACUACGUCAACCACGGCCAUUACACCAACAAUGGCCACAUCAACAGCAGCCACAGCCAGCACCAGCACCAGCCAGCGCUGCCGCCGCCUCAGUGGAUGGGAUAUCGCAUUCCCGAUCCCAUGCCCAACGCCCUGGGCCGCUCGACGUUCGACGGCACGCGGGAGGAGGCGACGUUGUACUUCGACUCGCCGCUGCCGCCGUACGCUGGGCCUUCUCGCCCGCCACCGGGAUAUGGCCCCCCGGAAUACGGUGCUCCGGGACCUUACUACGCCCCGCCGCACCACCUCGUCCACGGCGGACACGACUACGGCUACGCCGGUCCCUCCUUCCCGCCGCCGGGCCUGCCCAUACCCUUGCACGGCCCGCCGAUCGAUCCCAUGGGCAUGAGCUGGCGGCCCACCCACCAGCCCGGACCCCUUAGCCCGCCUCCUGGCUUGGGCCCGGGCCCGUCAAACGCCCUCGCGCCUCCUCCGGGCUUCGAACCCGGACCGGGGGUUUACCCCCUUUCCCCUUCCCCCGCCCCCCUCAGCCCUCACCAAGGCUCAAGGCUUGAGCUCGCGCCUGUCGCCGCCACCUCUCCUGCGCCUGAAGAGGCCCCCGUCCCCAACACCGCUCCUGCCGCAGCGGUCGCAGACUCGGCCCAAGACCCUACUACCAUACAAUGCUGGUACGGUCUUGGCUGCAAGAGGCCAGGGUGCCAUUUCCGGCACGAUGGCCCUGACGGGGGCGUCGCCAAUGGAGAGGCCAGCGGCAGCGGCAGCGGCAGCGGCAGUGCCAACGCCAACGGCGACGGCGACGAGGGCUACGACGGCGACGGCGACGACGUGAGCAUGAGCGAGUCAUCAGGCUCCAUGUACGUCCCGCCUCCGCCGGCGAGCGAGCAGUCCUACGCGGCGGCCACCCCUCAGUCGUCGCCACGGCAGCUGCCGAAUUCCGUCGCCGGCGAUGUCACCCCUCCCUCCGUUGGCGGGGGCGUCACCCCUUCUUCCGCUGCCGGCGACAUCACCCCUCCUUCUCCGGAGCAUACCUUGGAGGAAUACUCUGCGGAGGAGGAGGGGGAGGAUGCAGAACAGCCUGCCGCAGAAGAAGAGACUCCCGAGGCGGAGCACCCCGAGGAGGAGAGUCCUCAGGAUGAGGAAGGAGGGCAGCUCUCCACCGCGGAGGAAACUCCAGGGGAGCUGCUCUCUGAGGAGCACUCCUCGCAAGAGGAGUCAGUAGAGACUCCAAUCUCCUCGGGGGAGAAGAAGGAGGAAGAGGAGGAGCAGGCCCCUGCUGCUGCCCAGCAGCCUGCCGCCAGACGCCCUGGGCCCGCGGUCGUUGACGGACGGAGUGCCUGGGGCUUGAGCUUGGUCAAGGCCAAUGGCACGCAGGAGGCUGCUUGA